AUGAAAUUCGGGAGCACAUUUACGGAGUAUCUGCAAGAAGAGCGAGAGUUGUUGAUGGAUGAGAAUUGUGCGCAUAUUAAAUAUGACAGGUUGAAGAGCGUUUUGGAGAGUUGUCAGAAUUGCAAAGAUAGCUCUUCUGAUCAUCAACAUGAGUCGUGCGAUUGUCAAUCUUGCCCAGUAUGCGAUCAGAAGUUCUUCUCAGAGUUGAUGAAGGAAGCAUCAGAUAUAGCAGGAUACUUUAGUUCGAGAGUUCAACAUCUCCUAAAUCUUCAUAUUGCAAAAGGACUUCAAAGAUAUGUAUUGCGUUUGCGCCAGUGUUUCAAAAAUGAUAAAGAAGCCCUGUCCCAAGAAGGGAGAAUUCUAAUCGAGUAUAUUUCGAUGAAUGCAAUUGCAAUGAGGAAAAUACUUAAGAAAUAUGAUAAACUGCACAGCUCUAUGAAUGGGGAGAAUUUCAAAUCUAAGAUGCUUGCUGAGCAUAUUGAGCUUUUACAUUCACCUUGGCUGAUUGAAUUGGGUGCUUUUUAUCUGAAUACAAGUGGACUAGAUGGUUGCGAGCUUGAUGGAAUCCGUGGUCACUUUUCAUGUGAUUUCAAUGUUACUAAUGCUGUAAUGACGCUGACUCUUCCAGAUUCUAUUAAGCUUGAGUAUGACCUAACUUGUGCAAUUUGCCUGGAUUUUGUUUUCAAUCCAUAUGCUUUGGGUUGUGGCCACAUCUUCUGCAAGUCGUGUGCUUGCUCUGCUGCGUCUGUGAUGAUUUUCCAAGGCCUUAAAGCUGCAACUCCAGAGUCAAAGUGUCCUAUAUGCAGAGAGGGAGGAGUUUAUUCCAAGUCAGUCCGAAUGUUAGAACUCAAUCUUCUUAUGAAAAGAAGGUGCAACGAUUAUUGGAAAGAGAGACUAGAUAGGGAAAGAGUUGACUCUUUGAAGCAAUCAAAGGAGUACUGGAAUUUGCAGUCUAUGUAUGCAGUUGGAUUGCCGUAG